AAGGCACGAGGUGGCCUCGGAGCUCAACCCUUUCCGUCUGCGAGUUCCUCUGCCCUUACGAGCCAGAUUGCUUGCAGGGCGCCCAUCGUCGCAGAGAAUCUCACCAUGGCCAAGACGGUUAAAGAUGUACCUUCGCACGAGUUCGUGCGCAACUAUGCUGCUCACUUGAAGCGCUCUGGCAAGAUUGAAGUUCCUGCCUGGGCUGACCUUGUGAAGACUGCUACAUUCAAGGAAUUAGCUCCCUAUGAUGCUGACUGGUACUACGUCAGAGCUGCCUCCAUGGCAAGGAAGAUUUACCUGAGAGGUGGAAUUGGAGUGGGUGCCUUCAAGAAGAUUUAUGGUGGCCGCAAGAGUAAUGGAGUUAGGCCAUCCCACUUUGCUAAGAGCAGUGGGUCAAUUGCCAGGCACUGCCUGAAGCAGCUCGAGCAACUUAACAUCGUCGAGAAGGAUCCCAAGGGAGGAAGGCGCAUUACUUCUGAUGGACAGCGGGAUUUGGAUCAGGUAGCAGGGCGCAUCGCCGUCACUGCGGCUUAGUUCUAUGAAUAGUAGGACUGGCAUACUGAACAUUGCAGUUUGAGCACCAUGUGCUGAGUGAGACUGUGAAGGGCUUCGCAAUAUAUGACGUCCAUUUUUCCAACUGGUAGCAUUUAAGUAUUUUCUGUGUUAUCGAUUAUCAUGUACCUCCUUGUUCUUUCAAUCAAGAAACUGCCGUUCACCUUGUAUUUACACUUCGUUACAAGGUGUACCUAUUAAGUUAGA